GCAAAAAAAAACUUAUACCUAUUUAUAAAAGCCACACAUUUAUUCUUCACUACCCUCUGAACCGCUCUCUGAAUUUGAAGCGACCGCUCAAACUCAGAUUAAAAAAAAAAAAAAAAGAUGGAUCCGGACACAGUGGCGAAGGCGUUCGUCGAGCACUACUACAGGACGUUCGAUGCGAAUCGGGCCGGUCUAGCCAACCUCUACCAGGAAGGCUCCAUGUUGACCUUCGAAGGUCAAAAGAUCCAAGGUUCUCAGAACAUCGUGGCUAAGCUAACCAGCCUUCCUUUCCAGCAGUGCCAGCAUAACAUCACCACCGUCGAUUGCCAGCCUUCUGGCGCCGGAGGCAUGCUCGUCUUCGUCAGUGGCACCCUCCAACUUGCCGGCGAACAACAUGCUCUCAAGUUCAGCCAGGGAUAAUUUGUGCCACUGUUGAUUUCAUCGGUCAUAACGGUGGUGUUAAUUUCGCGGUGCGAUUUGGUGGAAGUUGGAGUUUGGAUUGAAUCAAUGGGUUUUUGAUCUAUUCAUCGGGAUCUUAAUAAUCGAAUUAACUGUGAUGUCUAUACUGUUUACCGCUCAUUACAUUUUCAGGAAUUUCAUGUUUUUCAUUCAUUUUGAAUUUGUAGUAAUUGAAUUAAGAAGGGAAAAAAUUGUAAGCAAUCUAAAUAGUGAACAUUGUCGAUUUCGUGGAACUGUGUCAUGAAUAUAUUGCGAAAGAUAUGGAUAUUUUGGAUC